CGGGCCGCGAGCAGCCGCGGCCGUCCCGGUUGCCUCCUUUAGCCACUGGCGCCCCGGGCUCUGCGCCUCUGGAGGGAGCGGCCAGUGGGCCCGCAUCUUGUCAGUGGGGUUCUGAGGCCGGGCUCCCGCGGCCACUUGCUUCUGGUGCCUGAGCCGCCCGGAGGGGCCGGGCACGGCGGGCUGACUGGUCCCGCGGAGCUGAGACCGCAGGACUCGAAGGCGGACGUGCACGUCUGGCGGUCGCCUGGAGCCGGGAGGAGGCUGAGAGGACCAUGUCUGGGAGGAACUUCCACCUCUCCACCACCGAACGCGUCAUCAAAGCCGUCCCCUUUCCUCCAACCCAACGGCUAACUUUGAAGGAAGUAUUUGAGAAUGGGAAACCUAAAAUUGAUGUUUUAAAAAACCAUUUGGUGAAGGAAGGGCGACUGGAAGAGGAAGUAGCUUUAAAAAUAAUCAAUGAUGGGGCUGCCAUCCUGAGACAAGAGAAGACUAUGAUAGAACUAGAUUCUCCGAUCACAGUGUGUGGUGAUAUUCAUGGACAAUUCUUUGACUUGAUGAAGUUGUUCGAAGUUGGAGGAUCACCUACUAACACACGCUACCUCUUUCUGGGUGACUAUGUGGACAGAGGCUAUUUCAGUAUAGAGUGUGUGCUAUUUUUAUGGAGUUUAAAGAUUAAUUAUCCUAAAACAGUGUUUCUGCUUCGAGGAAAUCAUGAAUGCAGGCAUCUUACAGAAUAUUUCACUUUCAAACAGGAAUGUCGAAUCAAAUAUUCUGAACAGGUAUAUGAUGCGUGUAUGGAGACAUUUGACUGUCUUCCUCUUGCUGCCCUCUUAAACCAGCAGUUUCUGUGUGUACAUGGAGGGAUGUCACCUGAAAUUACUAGUUUAGAUGACAUUAGGAAAUUAGACAGGUUUAAAGAACCUCCCGCCUUUGGGCCAGUGUGUGACCUGCUUUGGUCUGAUCCCUCAGAGGAUUAUGGCAGUGAAAAGACCUUGGAGCACUACACCCAUAACACUGUCCGAGGGUGCUCUUAUUUUUACAGUUACCCUGCAGUUUGUGAAUUUUUGCAGAACAAUAAUUUGUUAUCCAUAAUCAGAGCCCAUGAAGCCCAAGAUGCUGGGUAUCGAAUGUACAGGAAGAGCCAAACAACAGGCUUUCCAUCACUCAUUACAAUUUUCUCUGCCCCCAAUUACCUAGAUGUCUAUAACAAUAAAGCUGCCGUGUUAAAAUAUGAAAACAAUGUCAUGAAUAUCAGGCAGUUUAACUGUUCUCCACACCCUUACUGGCUUCCAAAUUUCAUGGACGUUUUCACAUGGUCUUUGCCUUUUGUUGGGGAAAAAGUCACAGAGAUGCUGGUUAACAUUCUCAACAUAUGCUCUGAUGAUGAAUUGAUUUCUGAAGAUGAACUUGAAGGAGGCACUACAGUUCGAAAGGAGAUCAUCAAGAAUAAAAUCAGAGCCAUUGGGAAGAUGGCAAGAGUCUUUUCAAUUCUGCGGGAAGAGAGUGAGAGUGUGCUGACUCUCAAGGGCCUCACACCUACAGGGACACUCCCUCUAGGUGUCCUCUCAGGAGGAAAGCAGACUAUUGAGACCGCCACAGUAGAAGCGGUAGAGGCCCGGGAAGCCAUCAGAGGGUUUUCGCUUCAGCACAGGAUCCGGAGUUUUGAAGAAGCCCGAGGACUGGACCGAAUUAACGAACGGAUGCCACCCCGAAAAGACAACCAGUACCCUGAUGGGCCAGUGAGAUUGCUGGCACAGUCCAACGCCGCACACAGGAGCGACAAGGGGAGAAGAGGCAACAAUGACACAGAACCCUGCUGUGGCACAGGGUACUAUUGAAGAAGAUUGCUUGGAUUUCACUGGGUAAAACUUCUCUUCUUAUGGAAAACUUGAUUAUAGUCAGACUUCUAAGUGAAUAACCCAAACCCAGUGAUUUUGAGGGACAAGAAGAAUGUUUUCCAUAUAACCUACUUUCUUCUGGAUUCUCAAUUCCCUUGAAUAUGUUCUGAAUAUGUUCUAGUAGGACAAAAUAAAAACCAAUGAGAGAUUUUCUUAGAAUUACUCAAAAUCUGUUCUUCCAACCAUGGGUAUGGUUGGUAUAAACUUCCCUUAGAAAUUUGGAGAAUUGUUUCCAGAUCCUUUUGCUUUCAUUUUUGAAGCCCAGGUGAUUUACCCAAGUGCAAAGGAAGCUACGUUUCUAAAUAUUUUAUAAAUCUCUGUAGAACUUUGGAUAAUAAGAGGCAUUUGUGUCCUUCUAUG